GGGUGGGGGGAGGGGUCUGACUGCACAAAAUUAAAAAAAGAAAAGAAAUUCAGCACAACAAAGGCAUAAUUACAAACAUUAGUCACUAGCUUUUCGUGCGAGUGCUAGAAAGCUCCUACGUGGGCCGGUAUGUAACAGUUUUCUUUCGAGAAUAAAGACGGGAUCAACGCAGAGAAAGACACUAAAGCUGGAAUAUGAAGACUGGAUCGCUGAAAUAGACAGUUCGAUUCACAUCUUAACGAAGGCUUGACACAGAAAACGAAUCACAAGUGGCAAAUACCUCAAUGAAGAAAAUCUUGAAGCAAAGUACAAAAAUCAACUGAAACAGGGAAAAUCAGUCAUUCAACAUAUAUUAUCGACAAUGACAACAGACGACAAUAUCUCUCCACUUAUGGUUAUUAUCUUUUGCGUAUUUUACAGCGCUGUUUUCAUUGUAUCUAUCGUUGGCAAUAUAUGGGUCUUGGUUACUUGUUACAAGAGUCGUAAGAGAAACCAUGAUUUUCCUCUGAUGUGGUUAGUCACAAAUUUAGCGUCUGCGGAUCUCUUGUUUACUUUUUUAUCACUUUUCAACGUUGUCAGCUUUCUGUGGCGCUGGGUUGGAGGCGACGCCACUUGCAAACUUCAAGGAUUCCUCAUCGAAACAAGCUACACAACUUCAAUCACUACACUGGUGAUUAUAAGCUAUCAAAGAUUGAAGGCUAUCACAGAUCCCUUCAGUGCUAGAGUAGGAAGCUGGCCAAAUAGGGAAUACAUGAAAAUCGUUGUCAUUUGGGUUUCUUGUUUAGCCAUCUGUUCACCUUUGGCGCACAUUUAUCGCGUCGAAACGAACGAAGACGGUAGAACUGUUUGCGCCAAUACAACAUGGGGAACUACCGGCCGACAAGUAUACUACAGCCUUCACGCAAUAUUCUUCUUCGUCCUUCCGUUGCUGUAUAUGAUUCUUACGCAGAGAAAUAUUUUUCGAGCGCUUCAUACGAGAGUUUUACCAAUAAGCGACUCGGUUAUUGUGACAUCAAAUAAUCGACAAAAAAAAGUUGCGAGGACACUUGUCGCAUUAACCACAGCGUUUGCGUUAUGUUGGUCCCCGUUUAUGAUCACACGGACAUUACUUUAUUUUUACUUGGUCUCCCCUGGACUUAUCUGGAGAGCGUCUCAACUGUUGAUCUUCCUUAAUACCGCGGUAGAUCCGUUACUUUACGGGUUUUAUGGUGGAGAAUUGAAGUCUAAACUGCGAAAAGUUUUCAGGUGCACCUACUGGAACAGAGUCGAAUCAGAUGCUAGUAGUGCAAUGACGUUGGAACGAUCACAGAGGUCAUUAGGAUUGCACCAAACACACGCAACCUCUAAGAGAUCACACAGGGAAAUCAAAGUCAUAUCACAACAAAAUAUUAAAAAUCGAUUAUCUUUCUAAAGAAAACUUGAAAUGUGCUCUCAUUUCCGACUUUUAUCAUGAUAAAAUUGACCAUCACAACCUUUGCCAGAACUUCACAUUUCGCAAUUAUGAUAAAUGUACCUUCCACAUACGUAUGUUGUUAACACGUAUAACCAAAGACUGUGCUUCAAUAUCAUAGUUUAUCUUAUGAGUUAAAGUAGUAGUAGUUUUUGAUAGGUGUCGAUGUUUUGGUUCUGCGAGUAAAUACCAAAAAGAUAAAGAAAUAAAUAGUUCGGAUUCGGGAUUUAAACCUUCGGUAUAUUUAAACUGUUAAAAUAAAUGUGUAUUUUCCGUCUUAACUGUCAAUUCUCGACCCAACUAUCUAGCUUUAAAAUCACUCUAAUUUGCAUGAUAGUGACAUGAAUAAUGCCUUUUGUCUCUCUUUCAAUUCGAAGCAUCCUGUCUACAAAACAAAUGCCAAAUGCAAUAGAAAAGAUAACCAUUCAUAUUUAAUACGACUCCUGAUGUGUGGUGGAUUUAUGUGCCAGUUAGAACUGACAAAUUUGGAAGAAAACGAACACAAAUCUAAUAAAUCAACACAUACGUGUAGGAAACAAAAAUAUAUGUAGAUGUAUUGAUACAUAAAUUAGGUUUUGCCAGCCAAAUCAUAGCUAAUUAUAUACCCUUAUAAGGCUCGAAAACUCAGCUGUGAUAUAUAGAUGCUGCAGAUAAGGGAACAGUAAUUACUACAGAAUGGUACCCAUGAUAACGAAGAUGAUAAACAAAAAUUCGUGCAAGGUUUGUGUUCAAUCGCGACGAAACGAACCAACUGGCGUUCAAUAAGGCAAGGAAAAACUGAUUUCAAUAACCGUUUAUAUUUCUACUAAAAUAAAUGUUUAUUACACGUUUAAGACCACGACACAAGUCGUGUUAUAAAUAGUUGUCAUUGAACACUUAGAAUGAUAAAUUCAAUUAUUAUUUUCAUUAUAUUUUUAUUUACCUUACUUGUAGUUGUGUUUUCAAAAGCAGCAUUCUGAGGUUUGAGCUUUAUUUACCGUAAAAGAAUCAGUUACGAGAUGGAGAAUAAAAAUUAACAAACAAACAAACAAAAAAUAUUUACAUGCUUGCCGUGAAGGAGAACGAGGAGGAUAUUUAGGUGGCUGAUCUCAUUUUUACAGUUUAUAAAAGAUCUAGUGGCUCUGACGUUAGCUGGAAGGCUUUUCAAACAAGUGCGCCCCGCUGUAGCAGAAACAACGUUUCACAUAAGUACAGGGCUCGGGCUUAGCUAAUUUGUUUUCCAUUGUUUCUACGCCCAUUGUCCAUCUGAAGUGUUUAAAAACAAAAGGCCUUUCAAGUAAUCCGGAGUCUGAUCAUUCAUAGUUUUAAACACCAAUUUCAAUUUUUUUUCCCUUCUGAUAUAGAGAUUAGCCAUCCUAGCUUCCCGCGCAGGGCGGUAGUGCUAGAAUGGUAAUCAGACUGGGCGAUUUUGUAGUCCCACACAGAACAGCAAUAAUAGCUCUAUAAUAGCAAUAUAGCUGUAUCUUCACAUUUGCACGGCCUAAACCUUUUAAGUGAAUCUAUACCAGAGGAGAUAACCUUAGCAAUCUCAUAAACAUGUUUAGACCACGACAGAUAGUAUUGGCGUCGAUCCCGAUGCUUAUAUCGUCGACGAACAUUCGUAGUAAAGCUUUACUCGAGCUUUAAGAAUCUUAUGGUCAAUGAUGACGUCGAAAGCCUUUUUUAAAUCUAUAAAUAUUACACUAUUUAUAAGACUGUCAUCUAUAUUGACAGCUAGAGCAACUGUUAGAAGCCUCAGGCAAGGACGUAAGUGUUCUAUUAAGUGGUCUAAAGCCGGAAUGACAGUUGGAUAAAAGAUCGUUGUCAUAAGAUACUUGUAAAAUUGAUCGUAAAUUGGAGGAACAAUCGAGAUUGGCCGGUAGUUAUAAACGUCUUGUCUUUUGCCCUUUCUGAAAAUUGGCGUCACUCUAGCUAGCUUCCAGUCAGUUGGAACAAUAC